GAAAUUAGAACAUUCUAGGGCACGUCGUCAUGUUCGGGUUCGGGGACCCGGCCACUGACAGAGAAGGGAAGCACGGUAAUAGACUAAUAGUAACGGAAACUACGUCGAAGAGGUAGGACCCACUGGCCCGGUUCCAUGCAGACUCGGAUGUUUAAAGCAGCACGAAAUCACUUCUUCCUCGGUGGCACAUACAGACAGACAGAUAGACAGGCGCAGGGUUGCUAAAUUUGAUUUCAAAAAUCAUCCUCGUCGGGUGGUUUUUCUAGAGUUCGUUAGAGCGAGCGAGCGGAGGCGAUCAUGACUCGGACGGCGGGUCGUCGACGGAAGAAUCGGUUCGCAGCGUUUGAUUUUGCCGAGGAGGACGAGCGUGUGGAGAAGGAAGCCAAGAAGCUUGUUAGCAAGUUCAAGCAAAAUGAAUGCCGCCUCUCGGGUUCUCCUAUUGAUAAGUACACUUUCCUGCAAAGCUUUGCACCAAUUCCUCCUCAGAAAUCGGUAACUAGCAACACAACCAUUGAUCUUGAUGAUGACGAAGUAUGUGUUAUGAAAACCCAAAGAAAGAAAGUUGAUGAUAGAUCCAUUGACCUCAAGGGUAGAGUUGCCCAAGGUAGCAAGACUCGACAAAAGGGUAUUAGCAACAGACCAAUUGAACAUGAUGCUAAAGUGGUGCGAUAUCAGUUGGCACAAGGUGCAAAGUCUCGAAACAGUGAAAUCAGCAUUGGACCAAUUGACGUUGAUGCUGAUGCUGAAGAAGAUGAUAUUAUCAAAGUGGGGGCUUCUGGCCAGGACUAUGAGGGUGGAGUUGGUGUAAUUUCCAAUAGUGAUGACUUGAUUGAAAUGGAAGGACCUCAAAGUCAAGUUGUUGGAUUGCAAACAUCUCUUCCACGAGCAAGAUAUACUAGGAGACACUUCCAAGCAUUGGAACCAUCAUGGAAUCAGCUAGACUUGUUGCAUGUGGAGGACUCUUGUUCCGGAACCUCCAGUAGUGAUUUUCAGGUGAUAUCAGAGAUGGGGCCAGAAUUUGAGGGAUCUAGCCAUUUGGGGAGAACUGAUAAACCUGACUCUUCUUCAACCUCGAGUGAGUAUCUUGCUGACUGUGUUGUUGAAGAUUCUGAAGAUGAUGCUAGUGACAGGCACAACUACUGUGAGAGUAAACGUUUGCUUUCCUCCUUUUCUGGGGAUAUCCCCUCUUCAUCUAACCAAGAAGCUGAGUUGAAGAGAAAUGCUAUCGGUCAUUCUGCAGCCGAAGUAGUUCAAGUAGAUGAAUAGCAAGCUGCCAAUGAGCUGAGGGAUGCAAAACAGGAUAGAGGGUAAAUAGUUGCAUCACCAAGGUGUGGCACAGCCUCGUAAAUUGUUAAAUAGUUGAAGAGAAAUGUUAUCGGUCAUUUUGAAUGAAUGAAUUUAACACUGUAAAUGGUAUAGUUUGAUAGGGUAACAAAACAUGAAAUCUUACCCCCAUUCCAAACAGUAAAGAAGUAGAAAAUGAGUAAGAAAUGGAAUUUUGAAAUACAAAAUGUUCUUGUAC